ACUGACUAUUGGUGUUAGCACAAAUUUGGCCAUUUUUGUUAAUCGAGUACAUUGUUUGGAAAUGAACAGUGACGAAUAUUUUGACAUGGAGAUUAAGCGUCGUGUCUCGCACAUGCAGACUGAACGUCGAAAAUCUGUAAGUAGUCUCAGAAAGACAAAUAUAAAAUAUCGACUGGAAAGUCCUCGAUCAACAACUAAAAAAUGA